CUCAAAAACCCCCCCAGUUAACGUAAAUCAGGACCUCGGACCUUCCUUUUAGUGGCCAGUUAGCCAGUGUAAGGAAAGUGGCAGGGUACAGGGUUUAGGUACACAGAUACCUAUUUUUUUCUUGACCAAAUUAUGCCAAGCCACUCCUUAUCCUAAUCCUAUUCGGUUUCCAUUUCAAGUUCCAUUUGAUUUCUAGAGCAGAGCAGCUUCGUCAUCUACAACACAACCACAACACUUUCUCAUUCUUUCUUGACAUAAUCAUCAAGGAGCUUUGCUCGGUCCUUUGGGGCCUCCUUAUCCAGUCUCUACUACUCUUAGCAAGUUCCUUUGUUGAUUCGAAUAAGAAUAUUCUCCUUUUUCUCACCAUGUAUUCUAAUUCCAAUUCGUUCAUGGGCGGCAACAACUUGCGGCCAGGUCAGCAGCAGUAUGGCAACACAUACGGCAUGGGAGCUGGUGGUCCAGGGCAACAGUCUCAACAACCACCGGGACAGCAGCCAAGUCCAUUCGCACCGCAACCGACCGGCUACGGGCAGGCUCCCCUAACUCAGCAGUAUACCGGCUAUCCUGGCUCCCAAACCCCUCAAGGCUUACAGCCGCAACUUACAGGAAUGCCUCAACAAUCCGCCCUUGUUGUGAAUCUUCAAACACCUCAGUUGACGGGGUACGCAGGUCAGGCUGCUGCUCAGCAGGGGUUCCAACCAAGCGUUCCGCCGGUGCCACAGAUUCCUUCGCAAUUCCAAAGCCAAUUUAACCAGCAGCAACAGCAGCAAGCCCAGCCGAACUCGUUUUCCUUACCUACCACCCAAGUUCCCCCCCAAGCGCAAGCGCCUACACUCGCACCAGCGAUAAAUCCCCAGCCAACGGGAUUCAGCGCCAUGGCUGCUUCCUUCAAGACCGGCGGCGCGUCCGAUUCCCAGCCUAAGGGCCGAAGAGCCCCGAAGACUACAAACAAAAUCCCGAACAUCCGAUUGUCGUUUAUAACUGCUCAGGAUCAAGCCAAGUUCGAGACCUUAUUCACGUCAGCCGUGGGUGACGGCCAAAAUACCAUGUCCGGGGAGAAGGCUCGGGACUUGUUAUUGAGGUCAAGAUUAGAUGGAGAUUCUCUAUCGCAUAUCUGGACGCUCGCAGAUACUACUCGAUCAGGCGAGCUUCACUUUCCGGAGUUUGCGUUAGCUAUGUACCUCUGCAACUUGAAGCUCGUAGGCAAAACUCUCCCAGGGAACUUGCCAGAAAAUAUCAAGAACGAAGUAUCGAGCAUGGUCGAUAUUAUCAACUUCAGCAUCGCAGACGAUGCGGCUAGUUCGGGGGCUGCAGCAAAUGCUCCCGACUUCACUAGACAAAACACUUCUACUCCGCCGACAAUACAACAUCCUCAGCCCAUACCAUCGAACUCACAGUUACUACAAGCCCAGGUAACUGGCUUUCCAAGUCAACCCACAGGAUUCCCAGGCCAGGCAAUGCAACCUCAGCCAACUGGAUUCCUCGGAGGGUUAAACAACCCACAGCCCACAGGAUACAACGGACCUAGACCACCUAUGCCACCGAUGCCUACGGGCUUCCCUGGUGGCUUGUCUCCCGCGGGUAUAGCUCCUCUAAAUGCGCAGCCCACUGGGCAGCCCGGACAAUGGGGCCUGGUCAAUGCUCCGGCAUCUGGUCUUCCUAAUAUCGACGCAUUGCAAGCCCGAAUGAUGCCGCAAGCGGGUCGUGAACAGCAGAAUUAUACCACCGCAGGCUUAUCUGGUAACGCUGUGAUUCCUUGGGCUAUUACUAAGGACGAGAAAACUCGUUACGAUCAAUUAUUCCGCGCGUGGGAUGGUCUAGGUAAGGGUUUCAUUGGAGGUGACCAAGCGAUUGAAAUAUUCGGCCAGAGCGGUCUCGAGAAGACCGAUCUUGAGCGCAUUUGGACCCUUGCAGAUAACGGAAACAAGGGCAAGCUUAACCUCGACGAGUUUGCUGUUGCUAUGCAUUUGAUAUACAGAAAACUUAACGGUUAUCCCGUGCCUAAUGUCUUGCCUCCCGAGCUUGUGCCACCUUCUACGCGCAAUUUCACAGAGUCACUUGGCACCAUUAAGUCUUUAUUGAACAAGGAGUCUGACUUCCGCAAGACAUCGGGAGCAGCCUUGCUCCCUCAGAAGACAGGAGUCAGCUACCUAAAGAGUCAUUCAUUCAAGGGAACCGCUGGUGGAUUCGGUGGUGGGCGAAAGGACGCGACUGUAUUCAAGAAUAACGAUGAUGAUGUUGGAUAUAGAUCAAGCGCGCGGCGUAGGAUCGGCAACUCCUCACCCCGACCCGAGUCACCUUCGUCUGUGGCAUCUAACGAGGAGUUGUCCAUCGAUCAAUUAAAGAAGAAGAUUCGAGAGAAACAAGUUCUCCUAGAUGCUAUGGACUUCAAGGAUGAGGCAGCUGCUGAAGAGGAUGAUAUCCUCGAUAGGCGUGAUCGACGUGAGGCCGAGGAAUUGUAUCGUCGCAUUCGACGGAUCCAGGAGGAUAUUGACAACCAUCCCGAUGCGGCCUUGGCGAGCGGCGAUUCCGAAGCUGAAAGGAGAGCAUUGAAGCGCCAACUACAGAAUCUCACUGACAAGAUCCCAGAACUGGCUUCCCAGGUUCGGAAGACGGAGAAAGCUAUUGCUGAUGCAAAGCUUGAGCUUUUCCGACUUAGAGACGCGAAGGCUCAUCCCGGAAGUGCCUCUAAUAUCAUUGGUACUGGGCCAGGUGGAUCAAUAACCGAGUCGGACCGUCUUAAGGCCAGGGCCAAGGCUAUGAUGCAGCAGAGGACUGCUGCACUUACUGGUAAGAAGGUGGAUGUCGGUGGCGACGACGGUGAUGCGCAGAAGAGGUUAGAAGAAGAGAACCUCAAGGUCAGAACGGAGAAAGAGAACAAUGAGCGCAUGGUCCGGGAUGUCGAGGAUAGCGUACGCGAAUUUUCGCGAGGUAUCGAAGAUAGUCUUAAAGAAGGCGGUCAAAGUUCAGCCAACGAACACGAGAAACGGAGGUGGGAUGAUGCUCUCGGAGUCGAAGAUGAGGUUCGGGAUUUCAUCUUUGAUUUGCAACGUUCGAGCCGAGCAGCUCGAAUUAGAGCCCAAGAUCGCAAGGGCGGGCGAGCCCCAACAGCCGAAGCUGUCAAAGCAGAGGCGCCACCAGCCCGGUUUGACAGUCCCGCGUCGGCGACUCGUACUGCCACACCUUCCACCACCCAAUCCCCUGCUCCUAGUGGUGGUUCGUAUUCGUCAUACAAGACUCCAGAAGAAAGAGCCGCGUUUAUCAAACAACAGGCAGAACAACGUAUGGCCGAGCGACUUGCAGCACUCGGUAUUAAGGCACCUUCGAAACCUGGAGAAACUGCCGCUCAGCGAAUAGAGCGCGAAAGAGCAGAACGGGCUGCUAAGCUCCGCCAGGCGGAAGAGGAAGAUGCGCGACGCGAAGCCGAGCGGCAGGCUAGAAUCGCCGAGGAGCAGGGCGUACCUCCCCCUGCGCCUAAGGUGGAAGCCAAGAAACCUCCACCACCGCCUUCGAGGAAAGGGGGUAGAAAUGAAGACGCUGCACGGAAAGUUGAAGAGGAAGAGGCUAGUAGAAAAGCUGAGGAAGAACGUCUCGCUAGAGAGCAUGAAGAACAACAGCGAGCCACUCAGAAAAUGGAGGACGAGGCUAGACGACAAGAAGAAGAGGUCUUCAAGGAACGCGACGCUGCUUCCGCCCGUCUCAAGGCUCUAGAAGAGCAGGUACGCCAGGGCAAGCUCAAGAAAGAGGAAGAAAAGAAGAGGAAGAAGGCCGCUGUGGCCGAAGCAAGAGAGAAGGAGGCAAAGUUGGCCGCCCAGCGUGCCGAGAUCGAAGCCGCCCGCCAACGGGAACUCGAACUACAGCGACAGCUCGCAGCGAUGGAGGAGGAAGAGUCAUCGUCAGACGAUGAUGAAGGCCCACAGCAGAUCACCCCUCAAGCAUCUACUCCUACGCUUGGUAGUAGUCAGCUCGGCAGCCAGGAGCUGGAACGUAAGGCCACCCCUCCUCCCGCUCCUACUGCGCCUGUGAUGUCGCCCCCUUCAGUCGUCACUAGCCCGCCAUCCGAAUCCGAGAGCCGCAAUCCUUACCGCCGGAUGCUAUCGCAAUCCUCGGAGUCUCCAGCAGCGGUCCCCGCCGUGGCGCCUGCUGCUCCCGCCCCCGCUCCUCCUCCACCACCACCCCCAUCUCAACCUGAAGUUUCCACCAAUAACCCGUUCUUCCGCAUAACCCAAGAGGCUAAGGUGCCAGCACCAUCUCGGAAGAGACCUGACACGGAUGACGAAUGGGGUUCUGGAAGUGAAGAAGAUGACGAAGACUCGGAUGACGAGCGCCCCGCUGCUGGCGCCGCCCAGUUAGCAUCGCUCCUGUUCGGUUCCAUGGGACCUCCUCGACCACUAUCCGCUACGGGCGAUAAGUCCGCCGGUGCUUCGCCGGCUGUAGCCUCGCCACCGUUUAGCCCACCUCCUAUUACGGAAGCUGCACCCCCUCCACCACCUCCACCAAUGCCCGAGGCAAGCCUUGGAGCACCACCACCGCCUCCCCCCAUGCCUGAUUUCGGGGCUCCCGCGGCAGCUCCGCCUCCGCCGCCCCCAAUUCCUGGCCUAGCCCCCCCGCCUCCGCCUCCGCCACCAGCCGCAGGUGAUUUACCGGGCGCCUCUUCGGGCAGUGGUAGACCUGCGGCAUUCUUAAAUGAGAUCCAGCUGGGCAGAUCGUUGAAAAAGACGCAAACGAAGGAUAGGAGCGGCGCGGGCGUGGCAGGUAGAGUUUUGGAUUAAGGCGAUAAUAGUGCAUAUCUUAUUGAAAGAGGUUACACGGCUCCGUCGGGGGUCUUGGAUGGGUCAGAUUGUAUGAUUGAGUGUUGUCUUACGUGUACGGCGUGUUCCGCUAGUUUCCUGGCUUGGCUUAUGGCAAGUAGAUUUGCUAGCGGGUUACGUUAGAAACAUUGUUUUCCUCAUAUGACAAGUAAUACUAUUAUUACUUAUACUCUUGUAUCUAAUGUAUUUCGUUAUUGGGAACGAUUGUGUUUGCUCUACUAAUGAU